CCGGAAGUGGUGAGCUGAGUUAACUUGUGGCGGGGCGGACGGUUCUGGAGCUUGAAGUUUUAGUCGUGGUGGAGGCAGCUGUCGGGAAACGACAAGAUGUCUUUUGUCCGAGUGAACCGUUAUGGUCCCCGUGGAGGAGGAAGGAAAACACUGAAAGUAAAGAAGAAAACGUCUGUGAAGCAAGAAUGGGAUAACACUAUGACUGAUCUGACAGUUCAUCGGGCAACUCCUGAAGAUCUGAUCCGUCGUCAUGAAAUACACAAAUCAAAGAAUAGAGCAUUGGUCCACUGGGAGCUCCAAGAAAAAGCUUUGAAGAGGAAAUGGAAGAAGCAAAAACCGGAAAUUUCUAAUCUUGAGAAAAGGAGAUUGUCUAUCAUGAAGGAGAUUCUUUCUGAUCAAUACCAGCUGCAGGAUGUAUUGGAAAAAUCUGAUCAUUUGAUGGUUACAGCAAAAGAUCUGUUUGUUGAUUUUCCUCGCAGGCGCACAGGAUUUCCGAAUGUAACAAUGGCUCCAGAGUCCUCUAAAGGUCCCAUUGUGGUCAGUGAGGACCCUGUCACCCAGACCAUCCGUAGCGAAUCUGUUAUAGAGCCUCAGGCUCUUAAUGAAGUAGAUGAUGAUGAACAAGAAGGAACUGUUAACAGUCAGUCAGAAGAAAGUGAGAAUGAGUUGGAUAACUCUCUAAGCUCUCAGUCAAAUGCAAAUGCAGGAACGUUUCUCCACCAAAUAAAGGAAGAAAAUUCUGAGUUAAUUAAUAAACUAUGGACUGAUAUUCAGCAGAAAGUAGCAACACAGUCACAAAUAACAGCCUCUUCAGGAACUCCAUCAUCUGCUUCUCCAUCAGGAGAACAAAAAGAUUCUUUUGGAAUUGUAGCUGCAUUGAAUGCUACCAAUGCUGUUAAGAGAAUCCAUAUGAGGCUUCAACCUGAAGAAUCUGAGACUCUAGACUCAAGCUGUGUUGUGGGACAGGUGCUGAACUCGAGGAAGCAAAAACAGCUGCUAAAUAAAGUGAAAAGAAAACCAGAUUCACGUGCUCCUUCCAAACAGAAGAAUAGCAUGUUAUCAGCCAGCACAGCCUCCACAGACUUACCAAGUAGCAGUAACCCCAGCCUGGAUGUCCUCAAACACAUGAUACAUGAAGUGGAACAUGAAAUAGAAGAAUAUGAACGGUGGACAGGCCGCAAGGUCCAGGGACUGCAAAAUAGUCAGGGUCUCACCGGCUUCACCCUGUCCCUCGUGAGCUCACUCUGUCGCCUGGUUCGGUACCUUAAAGAGAGUGAGCUCCAACUGCGUAAAGAAGUAGAGACAAGGCAGCAAUUGGAACAAGCGUUAGGUGAUCAUCGAGAGCUCCUUGAUGCGCUGACAGCUGAAGUUCUUUUCCUUAGAGAAGAAAAUACUGCUACCCAGGCGAGACUUCAGCAGUACAUGAUCACAACAGAUGAGCAGCUUAUAUCACUCACACAUGCCAUUAAGAACUGUCCUGUGAUAAGUAACAAAGAAAGUCAGGCCUUAGAAAGGGGAGCCACAAGUCAGAGAAAUAUGGAUAAUUCAGAGGACCCAGCCGUAAAUGCUAGUGCCUCCGUGCCACGGAUGUUCAGAGGAGAAGACGUCGUUGAGUUCCCACAGGAAGAUUUGCCUGUCAAACUGUCUCAGGUGCCAAACCCUCCAGAAAGUGGGAACCUGGCCAGCAAUCUUCCAGGACAUAUAUUUGAGCCAGCAGUGUUGUUAACACCACCCAGGCAGAAGAGCAACUCAGAAUUCUCUCCUUUGCAGGACGUGUUGAGGAGGACUGUUCAAACUCGUCCUGCUCCACGAAUUCCUCCGACCGUGGAAAUAAUUGAAAAGGAACAAAAUUGGGAAAAGAAGACCUUACCUGUUGGCGCAGACAUUCAGAACUCAAGUGACGAGAGUCACCUCUUCACUCAGAGGUGGAGGGCCUCUCACAUGGGAGAAGACUUGCAGAGCAAAACCCAGGCUCCUUUUGUUAGCCUCUCACAGCCUCUCUGCAGCUCGCGGUCAAGCAUGCAGCAAUCAAGAAACCCCACACUCUCAGAAGAACCCCUGGUGCUGGGAGACGGGCAACAGCUUAGAACAAAUGAGACAUUAAUACAGAGAAAGGACAUCAUGGCACGAAUUGCAGAGUUGACCCUGCAGAAUUCAGCUAUCAGGACACAUCUGAGUAAUAUUAUUGGUCCAGGGGGAGAACAAGGGGACGGACUUCGGGAGUUUAACACACAGGAGACAAGUCAUGCCAGUGACACGAUGGCUAAUUUUCCAGCGGUGCAACCUCUGACACCAAGUAGCAUGGAGGAACGGAUUGCAGAAUUGAAUCGACAGAGUAUGGAGGCUCGUGGAAAACUCUUGCAGUUAAUAGAGCAGCAGAAGCUCAUUGGCUUGAAUCCUUCCUCUCCACCAGUAUCACCUGUGCAGUCACCUCUCAGAGCAUGGUCUGAGGGAGGAAAGAGGACAAUUGAGGUGUCUAUUCCAGGAGCAGAAGCCCCAGAAAGCUCAAAAUGCAGUACUAUCUCUCCUACUAGUGGGCUAAAUUCGAGAAGAUCUUCAGGGGCUGCUAGUAAUUCUUGUUCUCCCUUAAAUGCCACCUCAGGAAGUGGGCACUUGACGCCUCUUAAUCCAAGAGCAAAGAUUGAGAAACAAAGUGAAGAAGGCUGGUUUGCUCUUUCUACCCACAUGUCAUAAGUGAGGUCGAGUUGUAGAGUUUGUUUUCAGUAAUAUGUUCUUGAACUUCUACUCCCCUUUCCCUGCUCCUGCUUUCAAGUUUCUAUGUUUUUCUUUCAGAUAAAACUUAACAAAGAUCUUGUGAAUUAGCACUAACGGAACCAAGAAAUAAAGCAAUUAUUUUAAUUUCUGCCUUUUCAAAUAGAUUUCCGACAAGUAGCCUUGUGAAUAAAAUUUGACUAGAGGAAAAUCAAAAUUGUGUAUUCUAAUAAAUUUAAGGGUUUUUUCAGUAUUAUAUUUUUAUCUUUAUCAUCUUUAUUCAGAAUUUUUUGGUCUAGUAUAUCUUAAAUGUUGUUUAUUUUUUUCUGAAGAACUAAGUUGGUUUUCAUGUAACUUACAAUAAAAUGCCUGUGUGACUAAAUUCUGGCUUUCAGAAAAAUUUAACACCCCUUUUUUGGGGGAGUCACUGUGUGUAUCACUUUUUCUAUCAAGCAAAUGUAUGGUUUUAAAAAGUAAGCAUGGGAGUGUUUGUUUAUAUUUGCUUAAGCAGGUAAGAGUGGUUAUAUAUAUUAUAAAGUUCUUCAGUUCAGUUCAGUUCACUCAGUUGUGCCUGACUCAACCCCAUGGACUGGACCACACCAGCCUUCCCUGUCCAGCACCAACUCAUGCGGAGCUUGCUCAAACUCAUGUCCAUCGAGUCAGUAAUGCCAUCUCAUCCUCUGUUAUUACCUUCUCCUCCUGCCUUCAAUCUUUCCCAGCAUCAGGGUCUUUUCCAAAGAGUCAGCUCUUCACAUCAGGUGGCCAAAGUACUGAAGCUUCAGCUUCAGCAUUAGUCCUUCCAAUGAACAUUUUAGGAUUGAGUGGUUUGAUCUCCUUGCAGUACAAGGGACUCUCAAGAGUCUUCUCUUCACUAUAAAGUUCUUACAUAGUCUUCAAAUGUGAAAAUGUCACAUUAGUUAUGGUAAUGUAUAUUAAAUAAAUAACAAUUGAGCUUGAAUAUUUCAUUACAGAAACAUUGAUUUAUGGCUUAUUUAAUGUUUGGGACAGAAUUGAGUACAAAACAUUGCUAGCACAUUUUCCCAGCCUUUAAUUUCCUAUACCUUCAGGGUAGAUUUUUCUCAAGGUACCUGUUUGGUCUCACAUAUUGGUUGCUAUUUUAAACUUGGGUUUUUGCAUGGUCUCUGUUCCUUGGCUCUAUGAUAGAAAUUCUCAGCCUAAGUGAGGUGUGACUGGGAAGGGGAAACAUAUUGAAACUACUUGGGGGAACUUUCUCAGACAGCACAAGUAUCACUGAUUGUAUUUAUGUGAAGUCAUCUGUGUGCAUUUGCAUUAUUGCAGAUUCUUCCAUCUGUAUUGCACUUUUUAAAACUUGGUAUUUAAUAAAUAUUUUCCCUGUCUGGCA